CACUGGGAGCUUUCAACCAAAUUGUGUCUUAAUGCAAUCAGCACAGGAGCUCAUGUACUGAAGGGAAAAGUCUACAUGAAUUACAUGAUAGAUCUCAGAGUAACUAACAGCAAGUUGUACAGGAGAGCGAUCAACAUAUUACAGCGGUUCACAGGCUGCUCCAAAACCCAGUGUGAAAGUGCUCUACUGAGAGCCAUCUACAGCACAGAUGACCUGACUGAAGACAUGACAGCAGCAGAUGUCCACACACACACAGAUGCAGCUAACACACGGGAGCGAGUGGUCCCGACUGCACUGGUGAUGAUCCAGAGUGGCUGCACUCAUGCUGAGGCACAGCGUCAUUUGGACCGUCAUCCUGUAAUUCGAGAUGCAGUGAGCGCCUGCCUCAACUCCUCAAAAACAAGAGCACUGUGGACUGAACACACCAUAAAAUGAUGCAGAAAUAUUACAAUAAUGUAUUGGUUUCAUUCAUUCUUUGAAAAUGUGCAAAUUUAAUAAUAAACGAAAAGAAUUAUGACCCAGAUUCUUUUCUGUGAGGUUUACCUACAAAAUUGUUUACUUUAUCCUGUGAUUCGAAAUGAUGCAUUCUCACAAUGAAAGGCCAUUUUUUAAGAUACGGGGUUUUAAGUUGCUUGGCUUUUGUGUAACUGGUAACAAUAAGGUCUCGUUUAUUAACAGUGAACUAACCAUGAGCAAUACAUUUGUUACCGUAUUUGUUGAUCUUUGUUAACAUUAG